CCCGCCCAUUACGAGAAGACGGUUGGACUGAAUGAUUGGGUUUCUGUUCUCCAGAGGAAAUCCGCGGCCCAAACUGCGGUCUAGAUAGGCAGCGCACUUGGAUUUGAGACACCGCCUCAUCUCCACUCAUCGGAUCAGUCCCCUCUCGCUAAAGCUGGAGGAACCACAGCUCUUAAAAACCGUUUGUGCAGCUCCAUGCCCCUCUGACACGAGCACGGCACUCCUCGGCGCGCGUAUGUGGAGUUUAUUCGGGAUCCCGGAGUGAUUUUGAGCGGGAGUCCGAGCUGCUUGUGUCUGUACGGGAGCUAAUGCUAGCCUGGUAGCUCUUAAUCUCUGUUUAUAAACCUGAUCAAGUCAAAGAUAUGAAGAUUACCGUGGAUUUCGAGGAGUGUCUCAAGGAUUCUCCCAGAUUCAGGGCAACCAUCGAGGAGGCGGAGGGUGACGUCUGUGAGCUCGAGUCCAAACUAGACAAGCUGGUGAAACUAUGCAUUGGGAUGAUAGAUGCUGGAAAGGCGUACAACACGGCCAACAGGCAGUUUGUGAGCGGGAUUCGGGAGCUGGCGCAGCAGUCUGCCAAAGAUGAAGUCAUCGAGUCCAGUCUGAACAAGUUUGCAGAGAAUCUUCAAGAGAUGAUCAACUAUCACACAAUUUUAUUCGACCAAGCACAGCGAUCAAUCAAAUCACAACUGCUGGCAUUCAUUCGAGAGGACCUUCGGAAAUUUAAAGAAGCUAAGAAACAAUUCGACAAAGUGAGCGAGGAGAAAGAAGCAGCCCUGUCCAAAAAUGCCCAGGUGCCUCGAAACAAACAGCACGAGGUGGAGGAGGCCACCAACAUCCUCAACGCCACACGCAAGUGCUUCCGCCACAUCGUCCUGGACUACGUCCUUCAGAUUAAUGUGCUGCAGUCCAAGAGACGAUCAGAAAUCCUCAAAUCGAUGCUGUCCUUCAUGUACGCCCACCUGACGUUCUUCCAUCAAGGUUACGAUCUGUUCAGUGAACUACAACCCCUCAUGAAGCAACUGACCGGACAGCUGGAUCAGCUGGUGGUCGACUCCGCAAAAGAGAGGAAAGAUAUGGAGAUGAAACACUCGACUAUUCAGCAGAAGGACUUCUCAAAUGACGACACCAAGCUGGAGUACAAUGUGGAUGCAGAGAAUGGGAUCGUCAUGGAGGGAUAUCUGUUUAAGAGGGCCAGCAACGCCUUCAAAACCUGGAACAGGCGGUGGUUCUCAAUUCAGAACAAUCAGCUAGUGUACCAAAAGAAAUUUAAGGAUAACCCUACGGUUGUGGUGGAGGACUUGAGGUUAUGCACCGUCAAACACUGCGAGGACAUCGAGCGCAGAUUCUGCUUCGAAGUGGUUUCUCCAACAAAGAGCUGUAUGAUGCAAGCAGACUCUGAAAAACUCAGACAAGCCUGGAUCAAAGCCGUCCAAAACAGCAUCGCCACAGCCUUCAGAGACAAAGCAGAGGACGCCGAGAAGAUGGACGGGAAGUCGUCCACAUCGACAGGCAGCCUGGACUCAGCCGGCGAGGUGAAGGAGAAGAGUCUGAAGGGCGAGAGCGCGCUGCAGAGGGUCAUGGCCAUCGGCGGGAACAGCAUCUGCUGCGACUGUGGUCCCAGUCCGGCGGAGCCACGCUGGGGCCCAGCCAUCAACCUGGGCAUCACGCUCUGCAUCCAGUGCUCGGGCAUUCACAGUAUUCUCGUCCAUCAUUUCUCGAAGGUCAGGUCUCUGACGCUGGACAUGUGGGAGCCUGAGCUGCUCAAGCUGAUGUGUGAGCUGGGAAAUGGUGUCAUAAAUCAGACCUAAAAAACUAGGAGCCAAGAAAAUCAACAACCAGGAAACCACAGGCACGAGGUGGAGGCCUACAUCAAAGCCAAGUACGUGGAGCGCAGGUUUGUGCAGAGACGCUCCGAAGACGAGACCAGACAGAAGGUCUUAUCACUGAGUCAACAGGAUAAACGUCUCAGCGGCUGCUCUGAAGCUCAGUCUGCCAGAGGACCGUCAGCGUCUGCUUCCUCAGUGAAGAGCCCAGCCGGUGACGUGCAGAAGCUGUCGGAUGAAAGCAGAGAGACGCCGAGCUCAGACGGCCCAGAGCUGCACAUCUCCGAGCCUCAGGAGGAGAGCCCCGGGAGAGGUCUGGGGGUUUCCUGCGAGUCGUCGCCGGGCCUGCAGCUGUACUGGGCCUCUUUCUGCCACAGUCUGCCAGACAUGGCCGAAGCUCUCGCUCACGGAGCAGGAGUCAACUGGACCCACGCCGACGAGCAGAACCGGACGCCGCUCAUCAUGGCUGUACACGGGGGGUCUCUGGUCACCUGUGAAUUCCUGCUCCAGAAUUCAGCCAGCGUCAACCAGCAGGACAGUCUGGGCAGAGGACCAUUACAUCACGCCACUAUCCUGGGCCACACCGGGCAAGUGUGUUUAUUUCUAAAACGGGGAGCCAAUCAGAACGCAGCAGAUGUCGAGAAUCAGACGCCGCUUUCAAUCGCUGUCGAGGCAGCAAACGCUGAUAUUGUCACGCUGCUUCGGCUGGCCAAGAUGAACGAGGAGAUGCGUGAAUCAGAAGGUCUGUACAGUCAGUCCGGUCAAUAUAACUCUAACAGCCCUACUGAAAUGCAGUAUCGGAAAUGUAUGGAAGAGUUCAUAAACUUACAGCUCAGAGACUCCUAACAUACGGCGAAAUCACCACAACCUGUAGCAAACGCUCAAAACCGGCGAAUACACACAGAUAUCACAUGAAGCUGAGCUUCUUCAGGCCCCGGGAUGGGUUCAUCUAGUCUAGUAUUUUAAUGUGAAGAUAACAAUAAUAUGACGUUGCUGCUGGAACAUGUGCAAUAACUAGUCGACGUGAAAACAUGCACCAUAUUUGCAUUGUGUACGUUUGUCUUAAAACUGUCAGUGUGUAAGAGUAGUGAAAUGAAAACUCGGCCCAGUCAGUGUGUUCAUGAUCAUUCCUGAUAUUAAUCACUUUAUACUUUAUACACAUUAUACUUGAGGAAGUGAAACGGUCUCAAAUCAAAUCAGUAUGUUUAGAAAUAUUACAUUUAUGAAGACCUAGUUCGUCUGUACAAUUCAGUAUUAAUUCUGGAUUAGGCACAACUGUAUUUGACCAAAAAACAAUA